AUGAAACAUUAUUCACCAAAACCGUCAGUUGUUUUAAACGAUAUUUCUCUCGAGCAAUUUGACACAGUUAAUAACAGAAAGCAAACUCUUGAAAUUUCAAAAGGUGGAAUUGUUACUGAAAACAAAGAAAAUGAAGGAAUGGCAACAUAUAUGACAGAUUCUCCGAAAGGAUGGAAAACUAAACAACUUCUAGAACACAGAAAUAAGUCAAAGCCCAUGUUUGCUAAAAAAGUAACAAACAAGGAAAAAGUGUCUUUAAAAAUCACAACUACGCCAAAACCUAAGUUAAUCGCUUUAUAUAUUGGUGGUCUCGGACCUUCUGUAACAGAAGAUGAUUUAAAAAAAGAGUUUGGAAAGUUUAAGUCAUUAGCAUCUGUAAAAAUAUGCUAUGAUGCGACUACAAACCAGUCAUUAGGGUAUGGGUAUUUGAAUUUUAAAAACCAACAAGAUGUCGAUUUAUGUACUGAAGAUUAUAAUUAUAACGUUUUGUUUGGAAAUGAAAUUAAAAUUAUGCCUUCAUUAAGAAACAGUUUGUAUAGAAAAAAUAUUGGAACUAAUGUCUUUUUCUCUAAUCUUCCACUUGGCAAUGAAGAAUUAACCACGAGGAAAUUCUACGAUACGUUUAAAAUCUAUGGACGGAUUCUAUCUUGUAAGUUAGAUAACAGGAAGAAUAUCGGUUUUGUAUAUUUCUCUGAUGAUAAAGCAGCUACAAAAGUUAUUGAAGAUUACAAUAAUAAAGAAUACUUUGGUUCGAUAAUUGUUUGUGGCUUACAUUUUGAUAAGGAACUAAGAAAUUUCCCAGAUUUUGACAAAACUAAACUAAAUCUCGACCAAAAUAUUAUCCUGCAAGACGAACUUAGCGCUGUAGGAUCUGACGAUGGUUUACAAGUUAAGGAUGUGGAAGAAAAACCUUUGGUUCACCCAAAUGCCAUUUUUAUUAAGAAUCUCCCAAAGGAAACGACAUCAGAAGAAUUAUUGGAACACUUCUGUAAAGUUGGACCUAUCAAAUCAGUAUAUACUUCAGAUGGUCAUGAAAAAUUUUCAAGUAAAUGGGCAUUUUUAACUUUUAAAAAACUGAGCGACACACAACAAGCCAUUAAAUUACUUAACAACUCAUGUUUUAAAGGAAGUCAGAUAAGUGUCACUAAGGCAAGACCACGUAGAUAUAAUGUUGAUAAAUUGAAAACAGAAUACUAUGUGAUUCUGUCAGGGAUGGGAACAAUUUGCACAAAGGAAUUUUUAUCAAGACUUUGUUCUCAAGAAAGGCUUCAUUUCAAUAAAUUUAGAGUUACUGUUUAUAAUCAGAGCCAAGGGACCUUUUCAGGUAUACUUUCAAUUAAAACGGAUGAUAUUCAAAAGAAAAUAAUUAACUUCUUAAACGGUAGACUUGUUGGAGGAUGUAUUAUUCAUGCAAGAACACCUCUCUCUUUGGCAGAAAUAGCAGAUAUAAAAUUGAAAAUAGAUUUCACUUCUAGAGAAGCCAGUUUUGAGAGAACUAAAAUUAAGGAAGACACAGAAGUUUUAAAAACAAACUUUAAUCCAUUAAAUAGGACAGUUUCUAUUCAAGAAUUUUCUGUUCCACCGGGGAUUGAGAUUGAACGUAAAGCCCAACCUGUUAAAGAUAAAUCACAAUAUAUAUAUGUCAAAGAACACCUAAUCAGGCAAGUCAAAAAAUCGAUGAAGUUUCUUCAACUUUUAAACGUAGAUGACCCCAAAAAUUUAAACAGUAUUUCAGGUUAUAUUAUACAGGUGUUUUGGUGUAACAAUAUUCAUGCACUACAAGAGUUCAUGUCAGUACUAAAGACAAACAUCCAAUACGAAGAUAUAUUACACAAACAAAUAACAGAAGCCCUAAAAAGCCUGGGCUUUCUAAAUGAUCCUGAGUAUACUAUGUAG